AUGUUUGAAAAGAUUGUCUUGUGAUGUACAUGACCUCAACAGUUCUCCUUAGACUUCAAAAUGUUUUUUGAGAAGUCUAGAAAUCAAUGAAAUUAGUCAACAAAUUAUCUCUAAUGGUUGUUAUCUGACAGAACAUAAAAUUAAUGACUUUUGAAUCUCCGAUGACUAUCACCAGACGAAGAUAACUAGAUGAAAUUGGAGUGUGUCUUAGGGAGUUUCAUCCUCAAGUUCGUACAAUAAAAAAAAGUUCUUCAUCAUAUCUGAUACAUUCUCAAGAGGUGGCAACUCAUCUUUCAGUUGAUCGUCGUCUUUUUAACAAUAACUCAUUCGUUGAUCAACCAAAAAUGAUUUUCAUGAUACAUUCGCAUUCUUUUUAGCUCAAAUCAUUCAUCAGUUGGUAAUGAUGCUCCAUGAAUUGCAUUGACCAUAUUUUUGUGUAACAAGAAUGAAAUUAUUUUUGUGUACUUUACGAGAAAAAUAGCAAAAUACUAAAUAUUAUAUAAUACAUUCUCAACAACAGCACCAAAAUUUGAUGUGACAUAAUUUUUGAAUAAUAAAUCAUGCAAACUUAAAAUUAUAAAACUAGAAAAUAUUAUUUUUUAGAUUUUUAGAAAUAUUUCAGAACAAAUAAAUCAAUUACAAUUCUAUAAAAGCUUUCAAACAUAAUUAGAAAUUUCUUAAUCGAUCACAAGGAUGUAAGAUCAUAUAGGGUAAUAUUUCAAAAAAAUUCACGAAUAUUAAAACUUUUUAUAAUUUUUAAAAUAAAUAAUAAAUAUAAAAUAUAUUUAAAAAUUCUUUUUAAAAAAUUGGGUGUGAAGAUAUGAUGAUGUUUAUUCUUUGACGAACAUGAUUUAGAUGAAAAUAAAGUUUUACAUGAUGAUUCUUACGAAAGAAUUAUAGAUGAUUUAAUUGAUCAAAUUAAGAUAUGUAAACAAUAAAAGAAUCAUAAUUGAGUUAAGAAGGUUUUUGAAACUUGAAAUCACACAAAAUCUUACUAAAUUAAAUAAAAAUUAAGUUUAAUAUAGAAAAUAUAAAGUUUUGACUUUGCAGUAUUGAUUGUUGAAAUUUUAUAUGUUUAGGAGGAUCGUUGUACAAUGUCGAUGGUCUCAAAGGCUCUCUUUGUAUAUGUAAGACAUGAACGAUCUCUGAAUCUUCUUGUGGAGUCUAGAAAUCAAUGAAAUAGAUUGAUGAAUCAUCUUCAAUGAUUCUCACCUAGUAGUGCAAAAAAAUAAUGACUUUUGAAUUUGCAAUAGCUAUCACCUAAUAGAGAGAAGUUAGAUAGAGGUGUGACACAUCUAAUGAAGUUUCACUGAGGUCUACAUAGUAACAAGAGGUUUUUCACCACAUCUAAUACACUUUUAAGAGGUGACGACUCAUCCCUUAGUAGAUCGUCUUCUUCUAGAUGA